GCGAUCGAAGUUCAGCCAGCCAGCUUCGUAUUCAGAUUCUCAAAGAAGGCGGUAAGGUAACCACCUUAUGGUAGAGCAUUUUCUACUUUAGUGGUGGCAGCACAGAGGGUGUUUCGUAGUGGGGGUGCUUCGAAGGCUUAAAAGGCCUUUCGACGUCCUUGUAACACGCAGUCUUAGAAUCAAACAUACUUGUCCCCCGCGUAAAUGAAUCGAAAGUGCGAGAAGUACUCUCACUUAAGUUAAUCGUCGUUGAUUCCACUUUCGUUGUUAGACUUUCAUCGGAGUGAUCUUGUGUAUGGUCAGAUCAAUUUGUUGAAAAAUUAAAAGAAAGAGUAGAGCCGAGUGGAAUAAAAGUUUAUGUAGAAAAGGAAGUGGCUUUCCACUUCAUCUCUUUACUAGAGUCCGCAUUUGUGAUUUGUGACAUCCUAUAAGUGAUAAUAAUUUAAUUAUUUGAAUAAAACAAUCUAGUCAAAAAAUCAUGAGAGACGGAAUCUGUCUCCGAAUAAUUAUAUCCACACUAUUGGUUGCAUCAAUAUUUUCGCCACCAAUGUCCGGUGCCCUUACUACUUUUGGGAAGACCAACCAGAAUCAAAAUACGAAUCCACCACCGCCACCAACACCAGUUGGUAAAGCUCGUGAAUGCAAAAUGAAAACUGAUUGUGAUGGAAUUCAAAAUACAACGUGCAUGGCGGAUUCCCUUGGAAAAACCCGAUGCCUCUGCGGCGAUUACUCGGCACCAAUUAAUGGUGCCUGCACUAAUAAAUUCAAAGCGCUCCAUGUAUCUUGCAAUGAUGACGGAGAGUGCAUAGAAAAUGCCCAUUGCAUUGCCCGCAACAGUUCCUUAGGAAAACGAUGUUAUUGCCAAGAUGGAUUUUAUCAAGAAACUCGGUCGUUUUGUAAUGGCUGCUCAUCCAUCUUCACAUCUAUCUAUACGACGACCUUUUUGGCCAUUUCGCUUUUACUUGGAAGACUUAAUUACAUUUAAAUUUCUCUUUAAGCUUUCAAAAAAAUUAUGUUGUCAAUUCCUGAACCUGAAUGAUAACCUAUAGUAGAGAAAUAACAUUUCUUCGAAUCAAUGAAUGCGAGAUUGCGAAAAUAUAUGCUAGAAUACACUUAUUUAUAAGAAUAUCGUGAAUCUCGUUAAUUUAACAAAGUAUUUAAGUAUAAUAUAUGUAUGAACGUUCAAAUUCCAAAUGGUAAAACACAUUUAUGUGUAAACAGCUAUACAUUUUACAUCUUGAAUCUAGACUGUUUCAGUAAUCGCACUCUUUUUUGGGUUUAUAAACUUUCAGAAAAAAUAAUUUUUCUUCCGCAAGAAGAAAUUGAAUUAACCACCUUUACUUUCGUAACAAGAACUCAUAUAAAAUAAUAAGACGUUUACAUAUUUCAUAGAUAUAUAGUU